UCUUUUUUUUCAGUAGCGUACGUAGAUAUAUAUAUUUUUCAUAUUUAUUUAUUUGUUGUAAAAAAAGAGAGGAAUUUAACCCAUUUACACAAAAAGCACCGCUUCAAAAUUCACCACCACAUCCUAUCGGGAGGGAUUUUUCUGGGCUGUAACUUUCUGGAACAAGCGGUUAUGGAAGUCUCGACUUUGCCGGAAAAUCAGAGUGCUGCCGCGGGGAACAGGGAGAGUGGAGAAAGUGGUGAUGAGGAGGAGAGGCUGAGAGGGGAAGAGGUUGACCGGUACUCUGCUGGCAACCGGUGGCCGCGGCAAGAGACCUUGGCUUUGUUGAAGAUAAGGUCUGAGAUGGACGUUGCUUUUAGGGAUUCUGGGCUCAAGGCUCCUCUCUGGGAAGAAGUUUCCAGGAAAUUAGCCGAGCUUGGAUACAACAGAAGCUCCAAGAAAUGCAAGGAGAAGUUUGAGAACCUUUACAAGUACCAUAGAAGGACCAAGGAAGGUCGAUCAGGCCGUGCUGAUGGCAAAAACUAUCGGUUUUUUGAGCAUUUAGAAGCUUUAGAGCAUAACUCCAUGGUUGGUCCACCAUCAUCUCCACAAAAGAUCUAUGCUUCUAUGGCUGCUUCAGUAAGCCCAAUAAGUUUUAUCCAAAAUGCUAUUCCAAGUUCUAUCCAAAACCUCAGUGCGAAUUCCAUUGACACCUCAUCUACACCGGCCACAUCUUCAAGUGAAGAAUCCGGAGGUACACAUAGGAAAAAGAGAAAACUGAGUGAGUUUUUUGAGAGAUUGAUGAAGGAAGUCUUAGAAAAGCAAGAGAAAUUGCAAAGGAACUUUAUAGAAGCGAUGGAGAAGUGUGAACAGGAUAGGAUAUUGAGAGAGGAAGCAUGGAAGAUGCAAGAAAUGGAGAGAAUUAAGAGAGAGCGUGAACUUUUGGUUCAAGAACGAUCUAUUGCAGCUGCAAAAGAUGCUGCUGUUCUUUCAUUUUUGCAGAAGUUUGCGGAUCAAGCGACCUCAACGCAUCUACCUGAGAACCAAACAACUCCCCUAGAGAAAGCUGGGGAGAGGCAGUUUACUUUCAAUUGUGAUGAUUUAACCCAAGGCAAUAGUAACAGUGAGAAUCUUAGGCAACUUAAUGGUAAUGGUGAGAGUUUCAGUCACAUAAGUUCUUCUCGGUGGCCUAAAGAUGAAGCUGAAGCUUUGAUUAGGCUGAGGACUAAUCUUGAUAUGCAGUAUCACGAUAAUGGGCCUAAAGGGCCUCUAUGGGAGGAGAUAUCCACAGCCAUGAAGAAGCUUGGCUAUGAUAGAAGUGCGAAGAGGUGCAAAGAGAAGUGGGAGAAUAUGAACAAGUACUUCAAGAAGGUAAAAGAAGGCAAUAGGAAGAGAGCUGUUGACUCAAAGACAUGUCCAUAUUUUCAUCAGCUUGAUGCUUUAUAUACGGAGAAGACUAACAAGGUUGUCAAUUCGGUUCAUGCUGGUUAUGAAAUGAGGCCCGAAGAGCUUUUAAUGCAUAUGAUGGGAGCGCAAGAAGAACGGCAACAGCAGGAGCCAGCAGGCGAGGACAUAGAAAGUGAAAUUGGUAACCAGAAUCAGCAAGAAGACUAUGGAGAAAAUGAAGAUGAAGGAGAUGCUUAUAAAAUUGUCGCCAAUAAUGCUAAUUCAAUGGCAGUUAUGGAUUGAUCAAACUCAAAUAGAAGCUGAAAGUAUUUCUGAGUGCUGAAGUGGGUUUGCAUGAUCUGAGAAGCGGUCUUGGUCGCUGCAAGAUGCAUCAUGGUUUUCUGGGUCAGAGGAGUUUUGAUGAGUUUAUUUUUGACCAACAAAAGGCCAUCUACUAGAAGAUGACUUCUAUAAUAAAAGAUCAUCAUUUGCUAAACAAAUGCUUGUGUAUGUGGGAGAGAUUGCAACAAGGAGGCUGUAUCAUGUAUGUAAUAUAGAACACCUGUUCUUUUCAGCUUUUGAAAGUGCACCUGCGUAUGUUAAAAGUUGAAAAUCAUAGUUGUUUUUGUAGUUAUCAUGUCACUUGCAUUAAGCAUUAAUGCUAAUAAUGCAAUAGGAAUAAUAGGAUUCCCAUAAUAAUCUGUGUGGGAGCAAUAUUGUCAUGAUUGCUCAGAACAGUAUUUGAAAUCACAUCAUUUGUUGGUGUCCUA